AUGGCAACAAUAGACCUCCUCCUCCCUUUCGUCCUCCUACUCCUCGUGGCUACUCCAGCCCACGGAGAGUACGGCGUGGUCCACGUGGUAUCAGGGAAGGGCAGCAAAGACUACUGCGCCCUCUUCAGUUCUGAGUACGUCACCUUGCCCCGGGAUCUCCACCAUGCCCCUCUGCUGCCCCUGCAUGAUGGCACCAAAGCACCCUGGUGCCCCAGUGAGAACACCUACCAGUCAUCCCCACAAGGCACCAGCCCCCAGAAACCACUGAGCAAAACCACUGCCAUGGUGCUCCGGGGCAACUGCAGCUUUUAUGCCAAGGGCCGCCUGGCCCAAGGCCAGGGUGCCUACGGCCUUCUUAUCGUCAGCCGUGCUGGCGACCUCCAGUGUUCGGACACCACCCCACUCCCAGUGACCUACCAGAGCCAAGGGCUGCUCCCUGACCUGAGCAUCCCCGUAGCGGUACUCCGCUACGACGAUAUGUUGGAUAUCUUGAACCAGGCCCGAGGAAGGGCCAUUCCCCGGGUGGCCAUGUACGUGCCCCCAGAGCCGGUCCUUGACUACAACAUGGUGAUCAUCUUCAUCCUGGCCGUGGGCACCGUGGCUGUGGGGGGCUACUGGGCCGGGAUGAGCGAGGCGGAGAGGCUCCAGCGGCGCCGAGAGCGUCGAGGCGGAGCUGCCAAUAUCAGCGAGGAGGCGGAAGGGAUGGCGGAAGAGGAAGACGAGGAGGAGGAGCCAGUGGACUUCACGCCAGCUAUGACGGGAGCGGUGGUCCUCAUGUCCUGUUCCAUCAUGCUAUUGCUCUAUUUCUUCUACGAUUGUUUUGUCUACAUUAUGAUUGGCGUCUUUGGGUUGGGCGCCGGUACUGGCCUCUACAGCUGCCUGUCUCCGCUGGCUCGCCGCCUGCCCCUGGGACGCUACCAGCUCAUCCUGCCAGGCCUGCAGACUUACCUGCAGCUGUCCUUGAUCCUGCUGGCCGGCCUGUGCACCUCCAUCACAGCCAUCUGGAUGAUCUUCCGCAACGAGGAGCGCUGGGCCUGGUUCCUACAAGACACUCUGGGUGUAGCCUAUUGCCUGUUUGUGCUCAGGCGAGUGAGGCUGCCCACGUUGCGGAGCUGUGCCUCCUUCCUGCUGGCCCUGCUGGCCUUCGAUGUUUUCUUUGUCUUCAUCACCCCUUUUCUCACCAGGACUGGCGAGAGCAUCAUGGUAGAAGUAGCCUCUGGCCCUUCGGAUUCCACCAGCCAUGAGAAGCUGCCCAUGGUGCUGAAGGUGCCUCGCCUCAGCUUCUCCCCACUGACGCUCUGUGACAGACCAUUCUCCAUCCUUGGCUUUGGGGACAUCGUGGUGCCUGGCUUCCUGGUGGCCUACUGCCACCGCUUUGACAUCCAGGUACGCUCUUCUCGAGUCUACUACAUGACCUGCACCUUAGCCUAUGCCGUUGGCCUGUUAGUCACUUUUCUCGCCAUGAUUCUCAUGCAGAUGGGCCAGCCAGCACUGCUCUAUUUAGUAUCCUGUACACUCAUCACCAGCCUGGGAGUUGCUGUCUGUCGCCAAGAGCUCUCCCUCUUUUGGACUGGUCAGGGUUUCAUUAAGCCACCCACCCGCCCCACCAUCCAGUCACCUCCUUCCCCUGACGUUAGGGUGAUGGCUGAAGAGCCAUCUCCAUCGCCAGAGCAGAAGUCAGAAGAACAUACUGAUAUCCAGCCUAUUGUAAAGCCCAAGGAGCUAAAUGGGGAGGAGGCCAGCCUCCUGGAAAUCAGCAUUAGAGGGGACUCAGAGGAGACUCUCCUGCCAGCUGAGGAUGGAGGCACCAGCCCAUGCUGCCUCACUGAUAGCUCUGAGGGCUGGAGUGAUGCCAACCUAGAUCCAGAAGAGCUGCCUACCCCUCCACUUGGGACUAAUGAAAAUCCAGGAACCCUGGGCACACAGGCGGGGGAACUGAAUGAUGCCCCUGAAGGCACUGUUGUCUGGACAGGGCUCCACAAAAGAAAGGGCUUAAAGGUCAAGAAAAGCCUAUCAGCCCAAGCCUCACUAAACUAG